UGUUUCUCCGAGCCCUCCACAGUUUCGCUAGGACCGAAAUGCGCUUUGGCCGGUAAAGCACAUAGCUACAUCACACAUAAUUCACUUCACGCCGAAAAAAAGUUUGUACUUCUCGUUCAUUUGCUUGCGGGGGGUGGGGGAUGGGGGGCGUCGGAGCAUAUGUUUUGGCUACUUCCCUUCUCGGCAUGCGGAAGUGCUAUUUCUUUUUUCCACUUUUUCCUAUCUGUUUUUUUUAUCCAUUUAUCUUUUUCAUCUUUUUACAACUGCUUCGUUAAUUCUGCUUUAUUUUCUGCUUUUCUGGCUUGUGGGCUUGUGAUUCGGGUUGUGUUUUUGCAUUUUGCAUGUGCAAGAGUGGUGAUGUGGCAAUUGCUCGGCUUGGGCUACCAUUUUAUCGAUUGAUGGGAUGGGAAUCGGGAUAGGGAUCCUAGGGAAUCGGAACCGGAAUAGAUUUUUAUACCAUC